AUGGGAGCGUUUACUGCUACUGCCUUCCUGUUCUUGAACUUGCUGCUGCUGCUGCUGUUGCUUCCUGAUCCUUCUAAAUCUCAUCCUUUGUGUACUGAUUCAAGAGCACCCUUUACGGUGAACACCACUCUGAGUUUUUGUCCUUACAAUGGCAGCAGCUGCUGCAAUUCCACACAUGAUUUACAAUUACAGAAGCAAUUUCAAGCUAUGAACAUCUCCGAUGCUGCCUGUGCUUCACUUUUGAAAUCCGUCCUUUGUGCUAGAUGUGAUCCAUUUUCAGCAGAGUUAUUUACUAUCAGCUCUGUACCAAGGCCAGUUGCUGUUCUUUGCAAUUCUACUGUUUCAGCAAAUUCAUCUGAUUCUGGCCAAGCAGCAAAUGACUUCUGCUCUAAUGUUUGGGAUACAUGUCAAAAUGUAAAUGUAUUGAAUUCUCCCUUCGCUCCUUCCUUAAAAGGUCAAACUGGAUUGCCAGCAAAUUCCAGUUUCAACAAAUUGACUGAUUUCUGGCAGUCAAAAGCCGACUUCUGUAAUGCAUUUGGUGGAGCAUCUACUGAUGAAUCAGUAUGUUUUGAUGGUGAACCUGUUACACUCAAUAACACUGAAACAUCGAGUCCCACACGAGGCUUGUGCCUUGAGAAAAUUGGGAAUGGAUCUUACAUCAGUAUGGUUGCGCAUCCAGAUGGGUCUAACCGUGCUUUCUUCUCGAGCCAACAGGGUAAGAUUUGGUUGGCGACUAUUCCUGAACAAGGAUCAGGAGAAACAUUGGGGCUUGAUGAGCCAAAUCCUUUUAUUGAUCUAACAGAUGAAGUUUAUUUUAAUACUGAAUUUGGAAUGAUGGGGAUGGCAUUUCAUCCAAAUUUUGCACAAAAUGGUCGGUUCUUUGCUUCAUUUAAUUGUGAUAAGGUGAAGUGGCCAGGAUGUACAGGCAGAUGUUCAUGCAACUCAGAUGUCAAUUGUGAUCCUUCAAAACUAGCUCCUGACAAUGGUGCCCAACCAUGCCAAUAUCAAACUGUUAUUGCUGAGUAUACAGCUAAUGGCACAGCAAUGGAGGCUUCCUUGGCAACAACUGCAAAACCCUUGGAAGUAAGAAGGAUAUUUACAAUGGGCCUUCCAUUUACAUCUCAUCACGGAGGACAGAUUCUCUUUGGACCUAGUGAUGGGUAUUUAUACUUCAUGAUGGGAGAUGGGGGUGGUGUAGGUGGUGAUCCUCACAAUUUUUCGCAAAACAAGAAAUCUUUGCUUGGAAAGAUCAUGCGGCUUGACGUUGAUAAUAUACCGAGUGCUGCAGAAAUCGAUAACCUUGGUCUAUGGGGAAACUAUUCCAUCCCUAAAGAUAAUCCAUUCAGUGAAGAUAGUGAUUUGCAACCAGAAAUAUGGGCUUUAGGUGUAAGGAAUCCCUGGCGCUGCAGCUUUGAUUCAGAAAGGCCUUCCUACUUUAUGUGUGCAGAUGUUGGCCAGGAUACAUAUGAAGAGGUGGAUAUCAUCACCAAGGGGGAAACUACGGUUGGCGCAUUUAUGAGGGACCUAAUCCCUUUCCUCCUCAUCAGUCACCAGGAGGAAAUACAUCUUCAAAGUCCAUGA